UACACACAAGCAGCGGCCACAUCCACUGUAGACAAAUCCGUGUUCAGUGACGUGUUUUGUACUAGCCUUUUUUUAAAUAUAUACACAUUGAACCAUUUUCCACCUCAGACUUAAAUUUAACCGGGACCUGAGACUUCACUCUUUUUUUUCUUUUUGCUCCUAAAUUCAUGAUUUUUAAUCACCCCUUUCGAUUUAAUUAUUUAUUUUGUUGCCUCGAUAGACCCGUUAUUUAGCGCCGUCCACCUCCUCUCUCCUGUUCCCUCCAUCCCCUUCUCUCUCUGGGAGUGCAAGGCGCUGCGAAGCUCGGAAAUUUAAAAAAAAAAAGAGAGAGAGAGGGAGCCUGCAGCAUCAGAGCAGUGACCAUGGACUUCUAUCUGCAAGUUUCCUGCUAACAGCAGACGAGCAGAGGGCGGGACAACCGUCCACAACUUCCACCAGCACCAACUUUCCAGUGAGUCGAAAAGAAAGAGAGAGAAAGAGACAGAGGCAAGAGAGAGGACAAGAGCAAGAAGGAGAGAGGAGAGCGGGUGAACACAGUCGAUGGAUGCUGUCCGGAUCGAGGGGACAGCACGUUCUUCACUGACGAGGAAAAGAAAGAUUUCAAAAUUGAGUCGAAGGAUAGAAACUCGCCGUCAGGCAUGGUGUGUGAGAAGGGGAUCCAGAUCCUUCUCACCACCGUGGGGGCAUUCGCUGCCUUCGGCCUGAUGACGGUGGCAAUAGGCACGGACUACUGGCUGUACUCCCGUGCCCUCAUCUGCAACAGCACAGCCAACGUGACCCAGGAUGACCCUCAUAAUAAGGACAAGAAGGACCCUGGUGCUCUCACCCACUCCGGUCUAUGGAGAAUAUGCUGCUUGGAAGGAGUGAAGAGAGGAGUGUGCUCUCAGAUUAACCACUUCCCAGAGGAUGCAGACUUUGACCAUGAUGGGGCAGAGUACGUCCUACGGGUAGUCAGGGCUUCCAACAUCUUCCCCAUCCUUAGUGCCAUCCUUCUGCUGAUGGGAGGAGUUUGCAUUGCUGCUAGUCGUUUCUAUAAAAGCAAAAGGAAUAUUAUCCUGGGGGCAGGGAUCCUCUUCGUGGCUGCAGGUCUGAGCAACAUAAUUGGUGUGAUUGUCUACAUCUCGGCUGCGCUGGGGGACAUUUCUCCGAAGAAGGAUGAAGAUAAGAAAUGGCAGUACUCCUAUGGUUGGUCCUUUUACUUUGGAGGCCUUUCCUUCAUUAUGGCUGAAAUGGUGGGGGUGCUGGCUGUCAACAUCUACAUCGAGAAGAACAAGGAGCUCCGCUGCCGUUCUCGCACCGACAUUUUCAAAAGUACCACGCACGCCAUGCUCCGCCUGCCCAGCUACCGCUUCCGCCGCCGCUCUCGCUCCUCAUCCCGUUCGACUGACCCUUCCCGCUCCCGAGACCCCUCGCCUGUGGGGGGAGGUGGAGGAAAGAACUUCGGGCUGCCCCCCUCUGCACUACUUUCCCAGGGCCCCAUUUCAGUGUCCACUCUACCCAACCCGCACUCUCGCUCCCACACAGCCCUGGCUGGAGGAGACAUCUCCCUGUACACGUUGUCCCGUGACCCCAAGUUGGGAGGGUUGCCGCCCAUGUAUGGAACGGUGGACAGGGCCACGCUCUACCAGCUCCACAACUGCUUUCCAAAGGAUGGAGGCGUAGGGGGAGGGGGGGUGAUGAUGAGCGGCACUCUCCCAUCACUCAAGUCCCACAACCCUUCCAAUUCUUCCAACUCCAAUCCACCAAUUCCCAACUCUGUGGGCUCUGGCCCUCCGCCCUUCACCUCAUCCACAGUCGACAGGGAGCGAGGGAUGGGGACUCUGGACAGGCUGAAGGGAGACAGGGAGAGCAACUCUAACACCCUCAAUAGAAAAACAACACCUGUUUAGAGGAAGGGUAUUAGAGGGGUAGGUGAGGAGGGAGGAGGAUGGGUAGUAAAGAAAGAGGGAAGCCAGAAAGGAGCACUGCAGGCUCAACAGGAGGUAGAAACACAGGUAAAACGCUACAUCUCUCCCUCCAUGUUCACUGUUAUUUAGUCUACUCAAUCUCACUGAGGAUAAAAAGAAGAGUAAUAACAGAGCGAUAAUAACAACAACAAUGAACUUUCACAAUAAAACUAUUUUGAUAUUUUAAUGUGCUAGAAAUGAUUUAUUUUGUUAAUGAUCAAACGCAAUUAACCUUGGGCUAUUAUGAAAAUGUUUCACAUAAUUUUUGUGCAAUAUUACCGCUAAUUUAACCAGGCCAUCAUUGAUGUAAAAUUGUUGUUGUGAUUAUUCUUAGAGUUAUUACAGGCUAGCUGUAUGUGCAAACACUAUAAUUUAGAAUGAAAUUUUAAUUUUCACAUUUUCUUUUCCUUUAUGACUUUUACUGUGAAUCUCUUCCAUGCAGAGCCACUGGGACUAACAGUGAGCUGUAAUAUGUCAGUGUCCAGCAUGAGUGUGCACAAUAACGUGGGAGAAUGAGAGCCUGUAUAAUUAUUUUUUCUUUUUUAACCCAAAUGUUGUAUGAUUUUCAUUUAUAUGAUGAAGUCAGAUGUGAAUACUGUAAAUUGUCUUCCAAUAUUGAUACUGAAAGAAAUGCAACAAUAAUGUGAGUGACUGCGACAGCUCACCAACUUCAUUGUUAUUAUGAGUCUGAGUUUUCUAUGGGCCUCUGUUAGUCUUAUUUCCAUUCUAAUCAGUGUGAACAGUAGUAAUUGUAGCUCUAGUCGUGUUGAAGAUGUUUGUUCUUGGGCAUUAACAGAACCUCUGCUCAGACGUAGCAGGAAAAAAAAAAGAGACAUAGAAUUACACAUUUGUACAGAAUCAGGUGAAGGUUGCUGCCUGAGGAGAAAAACAAAACAAAAAAAAGCAGAUUUUUUUCUAUGAAAAGUCCCAAAGUGACACAUGCAAAUCAUCAUUUUCAGUGGCAAAAAAGAAAAACACUCUGUAUAUGUGGGUUAAAGGGUUUAAAAAAGAUACCUGUACAUUGUAAUUAUGCAUACAUAUAUUUGUAACGUCUAUAGACAUGUUUCUCGGGACCACUGUUCAAAAUGGGUAUGCAUUUUGGAACGAGCCGGUUUGGCUUAAGUGUUUUGCUCCCAGUGCCGUCCCUGGACUCUUGUCGGGUGGUUUCAACCGCCAACCCUGGCCCGCCAUAUCUGCCCAUUUACGGCCACACGAUCAGUGUUUUCCCUACUUUAUCACCAAUGGCGGCUUCACCACAGACAACCCCUUAAGCUCCCCAAAGAUUCCUUUCACUGUGCUUCCCCAGUAACUCCUGAGUCUGAACUCUGCGCUGUUUAUGUGGAUGAGAAUGUAGACACAUGUAACACCCAGCCAUCCCACCCUCUUCCAAACUGUCCCGAGUGACUGCAGAUCUAGGUGGAAACUGUGGAUUCACCUGCUACGUGGUAUAAUGAAGAAACAAAAACAAUGACCAGAUGCUUCCAGAUUAUUUUCAUUUCGUUGAUUUCAUUUCAGAAAAAGAAAAAAAUGUGAUUAAAAAUGCACACAGAUAGCAUUUAUGUGGGCAAUAUGAAUAGUAUGUAGUUGAGAAUAGAUAUAUCUAGAUAAAUGAUUAUGGUUUAUCUAAAUGUGUGAUAAACUUAAAACACUGUAUUGCACGAAGUUUAUAAAAAAAACAAUAACAGAAA